CCUGUACAUAUGAAUAGUGCUUUAAGCAACGAAGAGGCGAAGGCAUACGCAAUGUUUAGCGAGGGUGAUGUGAAGUUGGCAGUCCGAAAAGCAGUGUUUGACUCGCGAAAACUUAUGAUCCUCUUCUAGAGCCUUGUGAUCCUCUCCUAGAGCCUUGUGAUCUCCAUGCCGAUCCCUUACAGUAUAACAUCAACAUCACAUAGCGCGAGAACCGAGCACUUCUCUGAGGCAAGCACAGGCCUCGGCCGCCUCCGAUGAGAAGACCUCCAGGGCUGUUGGACGACACGCGGCGCCUAGAAUAGACGGAUCCUCCUUAGCAUGGCCAUUACUAAAAAUUCUGUACUUAUUUAUCUUUUACCUACUAUCCUUCCUUUUUCUUUUCCUAGUUAGCUUGGCUCCACCCCUACAGUAUAACAUCAACAUCACAAUGUUGAUACUGACUAUCGGCUACCACGCCUACUCAAACACUAGCAUCACGUUGAAACUAAGCAUUUGUUCCAUCCACGAAUAGCGAAAUGCUUUGACGUGGUAGCUCUAAAAAAGGUGUGGUUGCCCGCGCCCGGAUUGCUUAUGGUGGGUUCUUGUUAUCCUUAAUAUCCAUCUCUUUCCACGACCCAUCUCUCUCUUUCAUCUAUCUCUUUCCAGCACCCAUCUAUCUCUUUCAUCUAUCUCUUUCAUCUAUCUCUUUCCAUCUAUCUCUCUCUUUCAUCUAUCUCAGUGCCCUACUUCCCCUGAGAGUUUGCUACAAACUAGACUGAUAGUUCGUAGCACUUUUUACUCGGGUCGCUACUGAAUCAGGCCUGCUCGUAGAGGUGGGAGACGAGAAUAUAGACUUUAGAACAAAUCAAGUACAAGUUGUUGUAUCAGGAGACGAGAAUAUAGACCUUAGAACAAAUCAAGUUGUUGUAUCCAUUCCUUCCUUACCUUCUGGUUCGUCAACAAUGAAGGAAGGAAUGGAUACAACAACUUGAACUUUUAACAAGGGGCGAUGUAGCUGGGGCAAUCUCUAAAGAUUUGGGGUUCCGGUGUUCGGAUUCUAUUACAACGUGGGACAUCUUUGGACUAUGCAGGAAGAGGGAACUGCUACCCCGCUUGUACUUAUGGCUACCGCUCCCGAAGCAUGUCCUUAACACCAUCAUCCUUGGUUCCUCUUUUUCAAAACGAGGAAGGGUCCAGGGAUGGGCUCAAGGAUGCGACGCGGGAGCUCUAAUAUACAACUAUUGCUCAGUAGCGACCAGCACAUGGUUACCAAGACGCGCACACAUGAAAAGAAAGAGGUAGAAGAUAAAACGACCUCCAAAGGAGGGACGACCUCUUCCGUUUCCAAAAGUGGAACGAGUUGGGUUGAUAAUGACGUGCUCGUCCUCGGUUCUUCUGCCGCAAACGACCUCGAAGAGGCACACAGUUUUGGAGAAGAUGGCUCGCUAAAGUUAAGAACACCACAUCAUUACUCAGAGUCGUAUUUGUGCACGUACUAGAGCAGCACUAUGUAGUAAGUACACAAAUAAACAAACAAAAAGCAUUCAUCUAGACCUGGCCGUUCACAUGGGAGACUAGAUUGAUAUUAGUAUUUAUAGUAUUAGCAAUUGUCAGAAAUCUCUUAAGGAGCUUCCUUAAGGAGCUUCUUUAAGGAAAUGAGUCUCCUUAAAGAAUUUUUAUUAUAAAAAGUUAUUAUAACUUUCCUUAAGAGGAAAAAAAUUCCCUUAAGGGGCUCCCUUAAGGACAAGCUGUUAUAAACUUAGGCUAAUAACAGCGGCUCCUUGAGGCCCUUGCUAGUACUACGAGUCCAAAGGUGUCAAGAACGUGCUAACGUGUUCGCGGCUGUCAGUUUGUAGGCUACUCACGUACACCAGCCACAUCUGCAGCAAGACACUACGCGCCCACCCCUAGCGAAUCGCGCCAACGAACUGCCAACCGCUGCCCUUGUCAUAUAUCUCCCGGCGCCUUUACUUUUUUCCAAAAACUUCAGGGAGGUCAUUCAAAUACAGAGAAAGCUGAACGACCUCCCUGAAGUUUUUGGAAAGAAGUUAGCUCGCUCCCCUUCCGCGACUACCUUCCGCGCACAGCAAUCGACCACAGCACAGGAGCGCGCGGCAGCCCUUGGAGAUGGUUAACCAGUAUACUUCUAACCAGCACAAAAGCGGGAGAAUUGUAAGGGAGGGGCGAGGGUGAGCACUUCAAAGGGUAGAGGCUGGCGAGCGUGAUCAUACUGAUUCGCGAGAAGGCCAAAGACAUACAUCUCGGCGCUUCAAAGUCGCAGCCGUUGAGGAUGUCGAUGGCUGUGAGAAUGAUAGCCGUGAGCACUUGCGUGUCUGAAGGGUGGACCCUGGUGAGCAUCAUUCAUCAUAUCCAUGAGAAGGCCAAAGGUGUGCAGCUUUGCUUGUGAAAGUCGAAGCCGUUGAGGAUGUUGAUGUCUGUGAGAAUGAUAGCCGUGAGGACUUGCAUGUCUGAAGGGUGGACCCUGGUGAGCGUCAUCAGAUCCAUGAGAAGGCCAAGGAUAUACAACUCUGUGUAUGAAAGUCGAAGCCGUUGAGGGUGUCGAUGUCUGUGAGAAUGAUAGCCGCGAGGACUUGCAUGUCUGAAGGGUGGACCUUGGUGAGCGUCAUCGUAUCAACGAGAGGGCCAAAGACAUACAUCUGUGUGUGUGAAAGUCGAAGCCGUUGAGGAUGUCGAUGUCUGUGAGAAUGAUAGCCGUGAGGGCUUGCAUGUCUGAAGGGUGGGCCCUGGUGAGCGUCAUCACAUCCAUGAGAAGGCCAAAGAUAUACAUCUUUGCGCUCCGCUUGAGUGUCGAAGCCGUUGGGGAUGUCGAUGUCUGUGAGACUGAUAGCCGUGAGCACUUGCAGUUCUGAAGGGUGGGCCUUGGUCUUGGUGAGCAUCAUCAUACUCAUGAGAAAGCCAAAGGCAUACAUCUCUGCGCUUGAAAGUCGAAGCCGCUGGGGGUGUCGAUGUCUGUGAGAGUGAUAGCCCUAAGCACUUGCGUGUCUGAAGGGUGGACCCUGGUGAGCGUCAUCACAUCCAUGCGAGGGCCAGAGGUAUACUGCUUUGCCUGUGAAAGUCGAAGCCGUUGAGGAUGUCGAUGUCUGUGAGAAAGUAGAUAAGGGUGGACCCUGGCGGGCGUCGUCAUGUCCAUGAGAAGGCCAGGCGCAUGCAUCUCCGUCGGCGAAGGCUGAAGGCUGCGGACGUCGAUGCCUGUGUGUGAGAAUGAUAACUGUGGGCCAUUGCAGGUCUGAGGCGCGGACCGUGGUGGGCGUCUUGCGUCAUGUCCAUGAAGCAGCCAAGCUGAUAGACACAUCCCCGCGCCUGAAGGUUGGGGCCCAGCUUCUGGCUCUGCGCAUAGAUAUGCCCAGGCGUGGCCUUCUCAUGGGCCUCGUCCAUGACGCUCGCCAGUGUGUGUCAGCCUUUUGCCAUCCCAUGGGUCUGCUAUGCUUUAGGAUUCUCCUGGACAUGAUCACACUCAAAAGGGCCCAGCCUCUGUGCCUACAUAUGUUCAGGCGUGGCCUUCUCAUGGACUCCAUGACGCUCAGCGGGCCAGCCUUGGCGCCCAUUGGCUUGCCCUUAGCAAGCAAGUUGACCAAGGCAGUAGCCUGCCAUAGCGGUAGCCUCCUCACUAGCCUCGCCACAGUGGGAGCCAGCUUCCCAGCCUUGGCGAGCAGACUUGGCGACUUUUUUCGUUUGUCUUUCUGCCUCUUAGUAGUCAACCUGUCUAGUUGUUAACCUAUGCCCAGCGCAGCGGGCCCUUGAUGGGCCCGCUUUCUGGGCAUGUACUCAAUAGCAUGCCACAUGAUGACAGAAAUUUUCUAAUCUUACGCUUUCUGGUGGAACAUGGCCCAGGAGGAGACAGCGGAGGUGAUGGUGGCCGAUCGACCAAGAGUUGGCAAGGAUGCAGUACGGUGAGUAUGCACAGCUUUGUGCGCCACAUUGAGCAGAACAACUAUGAGCUGGUGCCCUGGAACGAGCUGGCUAAGCAGAUUAUGGCGAGGGAAUCAAAAUUGUUUUCUCUGACGAAUCACCAGGGGAUUCAACUGAAUGUGAGCAGUAUUGUUAUGUUGGUUCGUCACAUUGAGGAUCUUGGCGAGUCUGGUAAGAGGCAAAUGAAGGCACCCACAAGAAGACUGUGCUGACUAUGUAUAAAAAGUACAGACAAGAAGGGGACAGUAGUAAUAAGUGUGAGACGAGGAAAAAUGAAAAUAUCGCUUGGAUCAAGUAGUCCACGCAGCACGGCUGGAGUGGAAAGGUACUCGGUUGCUUUGGAUAUUCUCAAUUGGCGCACUUUUCUCGACCACAGAUUGAUGUCGUCUAAGCCCUUCUAAGUACACUAAGUGGGAAACAAAGCCGGGUUGGCGCGCAGACCCAAGACAAACAUUUAGUAAAUGGGAAGAACUCGCUAGGAAACGCAUAGCCGUUUUCGGAAACCCGGUCGGAGACGAACUUUAUGCUAAACAGAAUCAAAGAAAGAUUGUAAUUAGAUAAAAAGUGUACGGGUAGUCAUGAAUUGAAACGGUUCAGACCACUUAAAUGGAAAUUUGCUUAAUAUGCUAUUUUUAGUGUUACGAGGGUGCUACAUUGCCCCCCCAUGAAUGGGCAUACGGCUUUUUUAGUAGGAGAGCAUUUAGUGUUAGAGGCCUAUGGCAAUAAAAGCCGCUACAUACUGAUUUUAGUCUCACUUACAGUAGUAGCUUUGCCUCCACUAGGUUCUGGUUGCUGCCUGGAUAAAGAGUAGCAGCAGAAAUGAAACAAUGUCAUCCACUGUUAUCAUCGAGAAACUCAGCGAGUUCUUGUCUACGAUCUCAUCUGUUUAUGUUGUCGAGAGUUCUUGUGAUUGAUGUUCUCAGAAGUGGGGUUCUUGUCUAAGAUUGACCAGAUCGUUGGGACCUCGAGGAGAAAGACGAGAAAGAGCGGGAGAUGAGAAUGAACGCGGUGCUAAUUAUGAUGUAAGCACUGCUAUCAAUUGUUCUUUUAUGCACUCUCUCUGGCUGUCUGUGUCUGUCUGUCUCUCUGUCUCUCUCUCUCGCGUAGGGGUAAAAACUGGAACACGAAAACUGGGGCUCGCGGCUAUUCCUUCUUUUUUGGAAACAGGUGCGUAGCAGCAGAGCUCUCCUAGUUUUCAGAAAAGGCCUCAAGCUCCCCAACUUAUAAAGGAACUGUUAAAGUCACAGACUAGACUGAAGACUAUGAAGACUAGACUAGAGGAGACUAGAACAGACUGUUGAAAUAACAAGGGAAGCUCGAAGAUACCGUGACUUCUCUUGUGUUCAAAAAAAAUUCGACGGAGCAUCACCAUCAGUAACUGAUAUUUUAUACUAGAUUUCAAAAAACUACCAGCAUUUUCUGUAUGCAGAUACUGCGGCAACAUUCUGUAUUCCGAUACUGCAUCAACAUUCUGCAUGCGGAUACUCGGUUACUCCUAUAGUAUAUUGACUCAUGCUCUACUCAACUGGUGUCUUCAUUCUUCUCAGCUGGUGUCUUCAUUCUUCUCAAGUGGUGUCUUCAUUCUUCUCAGCUGGUGUCUUCAUUCUUCUCAACUGGUGUCUUCAUUCUUCUCAGCUGGUGUCUUCAUUCUUCUCAGCUGGUGUCUCCAUUCUUCUCAACUGGUGUCUUCAUUCUUCUCAGCUGGUGUCUUUGUUCUUCUCAGCUGGUGUCUUCAUUCUGCUCAGCUGGUGUCUUCGUGCUAGAAAAUCCACUGGGUCCACAGUUUUUAGUUUCUCUUGUCCCUCUGUUCAAUAAGAAUACGAAUAACUCUUUAUGAUUAUCAGUCAUCUCCCGCAGAUUAGAGUACUCAAGAUUAGUCUACAUGACGAAAAAAUAUCGUCCUUGAUUUUUUUCCGCGGCUAGAUGAAUGAUGAAAGACCCUGCGGAAAGUGAGUCAAUUCCUAUCGUCUUUGCGAUAGAGCGACGAAUAUCCUCAGCCCCUCUUCAUGCGAACGAAUUACGCAUUUAUCUUGCUUAAGGCUUCCCUCUUUGUUGCACAGUAGUCCCAGUCAGCACAGCACGAGUCUCGAUUAAGCUUGCUUUCCAUGCAUGGAUUGGUAAUCUCUCUUGAAAGGAACUAGAUUUGCUUUGAUGGGGAUUUAUAUAUCAAUCUAAGUAGCCUGAUGGACUAUUCUUUGUCAAUCUAGCUUGAUGGAUUUGUGACUCUGCUAGCAUUCUUUUUUACUGAGAGCCUUACUCCAUCUACUUGCGUCUUCACUACUAAGUGUUCCAUGUUGUAGGAGGGACCCAUAUGUAUCUUCUCUAUACUUCCUUAUUUACUUAACCUCCUCUGCUAACUAUUUCACGUCGCGGCUAGUUGUGUAGAAACAAUAGAUAGAGACCGUUGUAAGUAUGUACCCCACGACGAACGGGCUCACUACUUCUAGUGCCGCUAUUAGAAAUAAAUAUUGAUGUUGAAAACAACGCUGCCAGUUCGGCUUAGGUAGACCCCAACCGAUUCGGAAACUAAAAAUUGCCGAGUAAGCUAGUGACUGAAAUAAGCGAGCUAGCUUACCAGGGGUAUUCUUUUUUCAGUAUGAGUUCGAUUAGUCUAAUCACUUAGACUUGGUUAAAUCACUUGAGCUCUUUAUCUGAUUUAAGUUCCAGCUACUUGCUUAAAUUUCAGUUUAUCUAUUUUAAGUUUUCGGCUUGGAGUUUAUCGAAUGACAUAGCCCUCGGUCCUCUUCUAAUCUAAAUCCGGAUAAUCGCGUGUCUCCCUACGAAGGCAUAUUGCGAGAUUAUUUUGAGUCUCCUCAGCAAGAAACCGAAGAGGGCGCUUCCUGGAUCACAGAAGACGACAUUAAGAACGGAUAUUAGCUUGGUUGAUAGUACCAUUUCAGACUCCGUUCCUGCGGUCAUUAAGGGUUUAGGGUUUAGGGGCGUACACAUAGCAUGACGUGAAUUAUGUAUCAUUUGGUGACGUUGUGCUUCAGGAUUCUCGCAGGGUAAUUAAAUGCUCGCAUUGCGAGGAAUAUAGACCCAGGCCCCAACAAAAAAAUGCGGCGGAGACCCCAUGAAUGAGUGGAUGGGGCUGAUGCCUUAUCUUUUGUGCUUUUUCCUAUUUAGGCUGGCUCCACCAAAAAAAAAAAACGUCAAUAAAGCACCAAUUAUCAUUUGAUAGCACUAGGGGAUUUAUCAAAAGGAAUUUAUAUGAAUAUGCAAGAUUCCAUGAUCUUGGGAUGUGCUAACUAUACUAGUGUGGCAUGAACUAACUAUAGUGCACACUAUGAUCUGAAGUAUAGAGCCUGGUGUACUGGCUGGCCUCAUAUGACCAUGUGGAGUUCCAAAAAGGCUGUAAAAGAGAUGCCUUGACAUGGUUUCCAAAAGACAGCUUGGGUAGACCCCAACCUAACCUAACAGCCUAACUUAACAGCUUGGCGACCUUCUAACUCUGAGAAAAUAGCAGAAUCGGGAGUAGCAGAAAACGAGGAGUAUAAGAAGUUUCUCAAAGAGGAAAAGGAGACAGAAGACGAGGGUAAGAAAAUUAUCGUGGAAAAGAUCAGGGAAGCAAUUGGUAGAAUCAAAAAGUGCUGGAACAAACACAAACGCAACAUCGCGGCGACAACAGAGAAUUCUGAGACAGGGGCGGAGAGAAGCGGGGCUGAAGAAGACAAUAAUGUGCAAGACUGCCUCCAGUGGGAAAGAAUCGCGAAGGAAGUUAAGGAAGAAAUGCAGAAGGAGAAAGAAGCAGGAGAAGCCGAGAUGAAGGAAACAACCGAAAAAGCCGAUGUACCUCUAUUAAGGGUUGGAAGUUGGCAUCUCUAUGCGCAUCUCUAUGGCUUCUUCAAGUAGGAAAGCCAUAGAUAUGCGAGCUAGAGAUGCCAACUCUCAACCUCUAACUCUAGAGGCUGCGACAGGAAACGACGGAGCAACAGGAAACGAGGGAGCAACAGGAAACGACGGAACAUUAGAGGCUUCCUUCUUUGAAGAGCUGGCAUCGGAAGAAGCGGACUUCGAGACUAGAAUAGAGAGAAAAAUCAAGAAGGAGGAACAAGAACUCGUUGCUGCCGGUCUCAAAGUUUUAGAGUAUGGCAGGAAAAUCAUUCAUAGAAGAUUCAAGAAAGAUAUAGUCAAAGAUAUUGAUAUAGUCGAAGACAUAGUUGUCAGAGACAAAUAGUUGUCAAAGACAUAGUCAAAGACAUAGUCAAAGACAUAGUCAAAGACAUACUGAUAAUUGAAGGCAUGUAGUGGUCUUCUUUAGUGGUCAAAGACAUACUACAUGCCUUAGUAGACAGGAGUUGUUGGAGUUUUUGGAGUACAACCAAAAGGUCAAGCGAGUGUCCUGGGCUAAAUGAUACUUUCAUAAUGGGCUGAAGAGGAUUACGAUCGAAAAAUACGAAGAAAGCGUCGCGGAAGAGGAUUAUGGCAUGAAAAUAGUGAAAAAGUAACCCAUAUCGCUCAGUGAAGAUCUGCGUAGACGUGCGUGGAGGCUUCACAAAACUACAUGGGAUAUGUUAGAUAAAGACGCAGGCCAGAAUAAAUUACCGAGAAUAUAUUUGCUUGAGUAUGAAUUCUGAAUUUUGACGGUCUGAGUAUUGAUUCUGCGUAAAAUUGCGUUGAAUUCUAAGUAUGGACUCUGAGUGAAAUUGCGUUGAAUUCCGAGUAAUGAGUAUGAGUAAAAGUUUUUCUUCUUCAUACUGAAUGGAAGAAAAUUACAAGCCCUUGCCAGCGCAGACGCCAAAUCCUUGUCGGGAGCAAAGAUGAAGCCGCAAAAAUCGAGCAAGGGGUGAAACAAUUUUAUGAUUUUCUCACUUAUCUCUUAUUCGAAGAGUCAGUCGUUCCUUGUAGUAGUAAUUCUGAUCAUAGGUCUGCAGUAGAACAUGUUGACAUCUUGAUUCAUCGUAGAAAUUUUGCACAAAUAUUUUCUUUUGAUGCUUUAGUUUUUGGAUAAAGAGGGCCUUACAGCCGUGAACACACACACACACACACACAAGUGGUCCAUUUGGAAGAAAGUAACCCUCAAAGACAUCGUCGUCCUCAUCGUCCUUCUCCUCAUUAUCAUCCUCAUUAUCAUUAUCUUACCCAUUAUCACUUUUAUGACUCAUCGUGACCAGGGAAGGAGGUAAAUUGGUACAGAUUUGCGCUUGUGAUGCUCUAAGCAUAGCGCGAAGAGGACGAGAACAAGAAGAAAAAUGACCUCGUACAGAAUGCCCGUCUUCAGAUCGAAGUGUGUGUCAAACAUGAGGACCUUGAGCCGGAAGCUUGCAUUGCGCAACUUCGCGAGCAUCCGGAAACUGCCACGGGUGAUCUGAAGAAUGUUGUUGAGGGCUCUGCACCUCCACGAAAUCCUGAAGGGUCUUCGCCUCGUCCUGCAGCUGAAGAUGCCUACAUUAAUACUGUUGCUCAAGAACCUGCUCGAGUUUCUGGUGGUAGUGCUGCAUCUGGGUCUGGUUCCGGGAAUAUCAAUCCUGUUACAAGUGGUAUGACUGAUAUUACGAGGGUCGUUAUUUUGUAACAACUGGAAUAUUUGAUGAGUCUUUAAUUUCAUUGUUUAGGAAAAGGAAGAAGGAGCUGAUCUUUUUCACGUGAGAGCCAGCACUGCCACUCGCGUCCUGGUUAGAGCAGGCUGUGAGUACUCAAGUUAAACUGGCAGACGUGAGUGGUUGCUGAAGAGCCAAAAACAAUACUACGUGUUUUAUUCUAUCUUGCCAUUGAACAAAGGCUAUAAAUAUGUGGUCAGCAUGUACUUGCCUCCGGUCUGACCUACCAAAUUAGUUUCGAGUCCAUACCCCAGGUACCUAAGAAGUCAAGGAUGCUUCCGAAGAUCAUGAUUGACUCCAGUAGGUUCCAAAGUACAGAUGAUUGAUUUUUUUUUUAAUGCCUCCCAAGGAGGGGCCGACAUUAAUAAGCAACUUACGUCUCUGGGUGAAACGUCUGCCCUAGGGGGCGAAACGAGGUCAAGGUCAGGGGAAUGGAAGAGAUGUUGUUGGUCAAUGCGUCAACUACUAGAAUAAUGCGCUCUUCUUCCUAUGCGGUAAAGAUCAGCUCCUUUGUUUUCUAGGUAGGAAUAGGAAGAAGGAGCUGAUCUUUACCGCGAUAUUUUUUCGUUCUUUUUAACAACUAGCAGUGUUGUUUGGGAGUUGCGCUCAGAGUCCAUUGACCGGCUCAACGAACUUUGACCUCAGAGUCAAGUUCACUCUGAAGGUUAUUCCGAACAAAAAUGUUUCAGUUUCUUCGAAGUCAAGAUUCUAAUGCAUCUGGCGAAGAACCAACGGGAGUUCCGAAUAGACAGCCAAACGAGAGGGACGCUACCGGCAAUGGUGCUGACACAUCGGGAGGCGCUGGAUCAGGGACUGGAUCAGGGAAUGGAUCAGGAGCUGGAUCAGGAGCUGGAGCAGGGACUGGAGCUGGAGCAGCAGCUGGAUCAGGAGCUGGAGCAGGGACUGGAGCUGGAGGAGCAGCUGGAUCAGAAGUUGGAUCAGGAGCUGGAGCAGGGAAUGGAUCAGGAGCUGGAGCACGGACUGGACCUGGAUCAGAGGCUGGAUCAGAAGCUGGAGCUGGAUCAGGAUUAAGGCUCAUUUCUAAGAGUUUCGUUAGCAGGAUAAAACUACUCCUCUUCUCGUGUGUGCUUUUUCUCCUACCUGAGUGCGGAGCAAGAGGCUCUGCUUUUCCGCAAGGUUAUUCUUCUACUUGAUGACAAAAUUCUGUCGAAAGUAUGAAAAGAAUGAGUUGAGCUUAGUCUUCGCGUCAGCUCUAAGACGCGGAGGAGGAGGAGGCCACAGUCCACUGAACGCACCUGACACCUCCGGCAGCUUACAGGAAGAGUCCAGUCAUGAUGUGGACGGAAAAGAAAAAGCACGAGCAAAAAAAUCACGAAGCGAACGAGGAACAGCAGGAAAUCCUCGCGCACAAACUGAAGGCUUAAGGCGAUCAUUUAGUAUUACCUUAUCUUUUUCCACUAUCUUUUUCUGGUUUUUGUUUUUUCUAGUUAGGUGCCCCACCACAAUUAUCUGUGUCAGGUGGAACACUAAACUGAGGAAACUUAUUGCACUACUUCUCUUGGAGAAACAAGUGAAAUUGAAAAGGAAAGAGCGCAUUGCAAUAUCUAGAAGCAAGAGCUCACCUUGAGCAAGAGCUCAUCUCUAGAGCUUCUAACACCAGACGCUGGUGGUGAAGAGGAAGGGGACGCUGGUGGUGAAGAGGAAGGGGACGAGGAAGAGAUUGCAGUUAAGGUUACCGCGACCUUAAAUGGGUCCUAGAGUAGAAGACCUUAAAUGAGUCCUAGAGUAGAAGACCUUAAAUGAGUCAUAGAGUAGAAGUAAGUAAAUAAGUCAGCCAGAGACCCAGAGUAGAAGUAAUUAAGUUCUUCUAAGUGUAGAGUCGACAUAGAUCUUCUAAGACAUAGAGUAGAAGUAACUAAUGCUCGCAGUUAAGAGGACCUUAAAUGAGUCCUAGAGUAGAAGGACCUAAUAACUACGCACGACUUCUAUAUUUCACCCCAAUCAAAGUAAGUCACUAAUUACUACUCAACAACCUAAUUACUACUCCAGUAACUACAAUAACUUGCCUGCAAGAAUAAUCACUACUCUUCUGCGGCUACCUGGUGGCCUUACUAGAGGAAAUCUUCUCAAAAAGAUACUCUCCUACGUGGGACGAUAAAUAAUCCUUAGUCCACUACUAGUUGUACCGUAAUGACACUUGAUGCUAAUCCUAAUAGUCGGCCAGUCUCAGUUUUUACUCGUCUCACUCCUUUCCUUAGCCAUCAUGAUAGGUGUCCACUUCUACAGUCAUAUGUCACUCUCCUCCUCUACGACACUAUAUCAAUCAAGAGAAUACAAAUGCAACGCUGUAUCAAUCACAAUUGUUUCGUUUUGCCGAUGAUCAAGCACGGCCAUUUGAGACGCAUUGACUGACUGACUGACUCAAUCACAAGAGUUCUCGAAUGCAAAGACUUCUUCUAACCCACCGAGCGGAAAAGUUGGCGGGGGGUGUUGCGGCUUCUUGGAGUCGGCGAAUGGUAUCGUAUGCCUCAGAAGCUGUGAGGAAGGCGAAAUCGGUGUAG